GUGACUGAACGAAACCAAACGCUCAACCACACGAAUGACGUGUGUAAUGCAUCCGAAUUACAAUCAAAGGCGACAGUAGUUGUGUGGACGACGCGUCUAGUUUCGAAUCUUUUGACUUUUGCUUUCAGGUCUGCAGUUCAAUUUUCCUUUUUUUCGUGAACAACAUGUUUUGUGCAUCACGUGGAAUAUAUUUUCUAAAAUGACGACGCGGCACAACACAUUGGUAUAUAAGUCUUUUGUAAAGGUCCGAUUGGACUCGUGGGUUUAAUUUUUUCAUUCGCUAUAGAAAGGAAUAUAAAGAAAAAAAAAUUAUAACAGACAUGUACAAAUAUUAGAUAACAUUUACAGCAAUAGAGAAAGUGCAAUGCGUGGAACUUGUAAAUGUUUUAUUUUGAUGUGCGCGUUCAGAGGUCCUCCAUAAAACAGUAUUGAAAAGAAAUGGAGUUUCUAAAUCUAAAACGUUGAUAUAUAUGUGUUCCUGUUGCUAUGAAUUUCGAACAGCCCAGUAAACACACGGUACAUUGGUUUCGUAAAGGACUGAGAUUGCACGACAAUCCAAGUUUGCGGGAUGGACUUGUUGGAUCAAAAACUUUCAGAUGCAUUUUCAUACUUGAUCCAUGGUUUGCCGGCGCAUCAAAUGUUGGAAUUAACAAGUGGAGAUUCCUUUUACAGUGUUUAGAAGACCUUGAUAAUAGUUUGAAAGAACUAAAUUCAAGGUUAUUCGUCAUUAGAGGACAACCAGCUGAAGCGCUACCUAAACUUUUUAAAAUGUGGGGUACGACGAAUUUUACUUUUGAAGAAGAUCCUGAGCCUUAUGGACGAGUGAGAGAUGAAAAUAUUUCCGCCAUGUGUCGUGAAAUGGGUAUAUCAGUGAUCACCAGGGUAUCACAUACUCUUUACAAAUUAGACAAAAUAAUAAAUAUGAAUGGAGGAAAAGCACCAUUAACUUACCACUUAUUUCAAAAGCUCUUGGAGUAUAUAGAUCCACCAGAUGAUGCUGUUCCAAGAGUCGACAAAGAUUUUGUUGGUGAUUGUAUUACACCAAUAGAAUUUGACCAUGAUGACAAAUUUGGGGUUCCUACACUUGAAGAACUUGGAUUUGAAGAUGUUGAUAACACUAAAGUCCAAUAUAUAUGGAAAGGCGGAGAGACAGAAGCUCUGAUACGACUGCAACGUCAUCUGGAGAGAAAAGCAUACAUAGCCUCUUAUGGGAAACCAAAAAUGACCCCACAAUCAUUAUUGGCCAGCCGUACGGGGCUUACACCAUACCUUAGAUUUGGAUGUUUGUCUACUAGAUUGUUUUUUUCUGAAUUAAACAAUCUUUACCGAAAGAUUCGCAAAGCUCAGCCACCUUUAUCAUUACAUGGGCAACUUCUAUGGCGAGACUUUUUUUACUGUGCUUCUACCAACAAUCCGAAUUUUGAUAAGAUGAUUGGUAAUCCAAUUUGUGUACAAAUACCUUGGAAUACUAACAUCCAAGCCUUAUCAAAAUGGGCCAAUGGGCAAACUGGUUAUCCUUGGAUUGAUGCCAUUAUGAUUCAAUUAAGAAAUGAAGGCUGGAUACACUGUAUUGCAAGACAUGCAGUUGCAUGUUUUCUCACUAGAGGUGAUAUGUGGUUGUCAUGGGAAGAAGGCAUGAAGGUGUUUGAAGAAUUGCUUUUGGACGCAGAUUGGUCUGUGAAUGCAGGCUCUUGGAUGUGGUAUUCGUGUUCAUCAUUCUUUCAAGAAUUUAUACAUUGUUACUGUCCUGUUAGAUUCGGACGUAAAGCUGAUCCAAAUGGUGAUUACAUAAGAAAAUAUAUUCCUGUCUUAAAAAAUAUACCAAAUAAGUAUAUACAUGAACCAUGGUUGGCACCCGAAUCUGUGCAAAAAUCAGCGAAAUGUGUCAUUGGAAUUGAUUAUCCACAACCUAUAGUAAAUCAUGUAGUAGCUUCAAAAAUCAAUCUUGAACGUAUGAAAUUAGCUUAUCAACAACUUGCUAACUGUCAACCACGAUUGGAAAAUGGAAAAUUAAUUUUAAUUUCUGAUCCUACAAUUUAUUGCGAAAAAGGAUAACAGUGAAGUUUAACAACAUAUCUUAUUUAUUAUUAAAACAUAUUAAACAAUAUCUACAUGCAAUUUUCUAGUGUAUGUCUGCAAAGUUCAAAACAAUCACUUGAAAUAUGUUUAUAUUAGUAGAGUAAUUUAUUACUUGUAGCAAUAUUUAUUGAAUUUUUAGAACUCCUUGUAUAUUUUCAUACAAUAAUUACUUAACACAAUUUUUUUGUCUAUUCUUUAUUUGUUUUUUUAAUUUAUAAUUAAAUUAAAUAAUU